AUGCUAUGGUAUAUACUGUACCCACUCCGAGGCACCACGCAGCCGCCAAGGCUUUCGGCCAACCAUCCAAUCCGACGAGCCUUCUAUCGCCAUGGGAAGACAACAGCCCAGCACUGGAUGAUUGCUAUGCUAGUCUCGGUUGCCAUUGCCGUAGGGUUCUCCUACCCAACCAUCUUCUUGGCGGAGAGUCCGACGGCAGGCUUUGCCGCCUACCCUCACCAUGUCUGGACGUCCGCUAAACCAUUUGACGGCGGCGAUGACUUUGUGGACGUUGAGAUGCGUCAGGUGUGGGUGCACGGGAAUUACAUGCAUGCACUCGACAAAGGCGUGUUGAAGGACGCACUCAGGAUCCAGCAAACAGUCGUUGGUGGCGAACGCCUGGACGCGAUACCAGCUCUGAAUGAAAAGCUGCGAUCUAGCACUCUGAAUUGGGGCUACCACUCGCCGCUGAUGUACUGGAACAGCUCUGCGGAGAUGGUGGAUCGUGACGAUGACAUUGUCAAGACUAUCAACGACCACUCUCACGCCUCAUCUUCGCUCAAUGUUGCCUUACGGCCAGCUUCCGUCUUUGGAGGCAAGAUGUUCAACCGCCGAAAACUGCGCGCCGCAGACGCGCUCAUCUUGACGUUCAUGAACAAGGUCUCCGUCUCUGACAAAGUCGGCGGCGAAUGGCAAGAAAGAAUGAAGACCAUUGCCGGCGCUUGCGAGAACUGCACACUUUUCCCGUCAGACGGUGACGUAACCCGCAGUCGUGUGUACGAGUUCUCUUUCAUGCCUCUAAGUCUACAAGAGAAUGUCAUACUCGCCGUCGCCUACACACUCAUGGCCGCGUAUGUCCUUCUUAGCUUGACUCGUCUGAAAGCGUUUCACAGCCGCUUCGGCCUUGUUGUUACUGCCAUCACACAAAUGACAUGCUCAAUCCUGGCAUCCUUCACAAUCUGCGCCAUCCUGAAGAUCAACCUGAGCAUGAUUCCGCAGAAUGCAUACCCAUUCGUCGUACUGGUCAUCGGCCUUGAGAACAUGUUUCGGCUGAUCAAUGCUAUCCUUGCUUAUCCGGCGACUAUGGCAACCGAUCUGCGCAUCGCUAAUGCACUUGGCGACGUAGGACCUGUCUCUGUUCUUACGGCUGCGCAGAAUGUCUUUAUACUCUCUGUUCUCGGCAGUGUUGUGUCUCCUGGUGUUGCCGCUUUUUGCGCCUUCGCGUGCAUUGCCACGCUCUUCGACGCUUUCUUCCUGCUCACCUUCUUCGUGGCAGUAUUGAAUGUGGACAUCAGGCGUCUGGAGCUUCAAGAUGCUCUGGCUCGCUCGACCAACAAGCGGCCCAGCAGCACGAAGCGCAAGCCGUCACCAUCCUCAAAGCACACUUGGUUUGACGCGCUUGUCCAUGGCCGUCUGCCCUUCAGCACUCGCAUGGCCGGCACAGCUGUCACCACGACCUUCAUCCUGAGUCUCAAUUACCACUUCUUCGAGCGGCACGAGAAAGGUACAAAUCUGCGACACCUGCUUGGUCUCGCUCGCGGCGGGCCUCGGAACGUUGCAGAGUUCGACACCUUCACACCGCCACCGAUGAACGCCACGCUAACCCCGGGAGAAUGGAUGCGGAUGCAGGACUUCGACACUGCACGGGAAGUCAUGCGGCUCGCCAAGCCCGGGGCGGACAGCUUCGUAAUCCGCAUAUUCGCGCCCUUGAUCGUCGUACUGUCUGGCGCAGAUCGGACAGGUGCGCCAUUAGGCACGGAAGCCUGGCUGCACACGGUCCGUCUUUUCACCAUUCACAACUUCUACCCGGUCACUGUCGCGAUCGUGUUCGCGGUCGCUUUCGUUGCAGUUCUGAUGAACUUCUUGCUCUAUAGUGAAGCUGGCGAAGAGCACGGGCUGGGUGACGAGAGGUAUGAGGAGGCGCUCACUGUACAGUCAGUGGCGCUACCUCACCGGUUGGAUAUUAUGAAGAUCAUGGGCACUGACAAGGGACACUUCGUGACGGUCUCGCUCGACAGAACGAUCGUGGUGUCAUUGUUCGAUCGCACCCAACAGUGCUACACUCCAAUUGCCGCGCACUUGAAUCUGCUGGCGGCGGUCCGAUGGCCAGUGCAAACAGCUGUCCUUGACGACACUGGACAGUGGCUCGCC